AAGAUAGGAAAUCUAACACGCCAUUUUAAAGUGCAGUGUCAUCAGCGCGCCGUUAAAAGUAAAUUAACCGCGUGUAGAGUUUUUAAUAUAUUUAUCAAAACAAGGUGUUCGAAAUAUCAACUAUGUCAGGAGGAGCCUUAUUUGGAAAUAAUGCUUCACGCGGAACCCCUAAAAAUUUGGUGGAAUUUAAAGCGGGGAAAAUGACUAUGAAGGGAAAGAUGGUUUAUCCAGAUAUUCGAAAAGGACAGCUUUACGUUUAUCAAUCUGAUGAUUCAUUAAUGCAUUUUUGUUGGAAAGAUCGUGUGUCAGGAUAUGUUGAGGAUGACCUGAUUAUUUUUCCCGAUGAUUGUGAAUUUAAACAUGUUCCCCAAUGUAAAACUGGAAGAGUAUACCUCUUACGAUUUAAAUCAUCGAACAAAAAAUUCUUUGUUUGGCUUCAGGAUCUUAAAACAGACAAAGAUGAAGAAUAUUGUAGAAAAAUUAAUGAAGUUCUUAACAAUCCACCAACUCCUGGAUCACAAAGAAGUGGUAGUACAAAUCCAGAAGGAGAUCUGCAGAAUUUAUUAAAUAAUAUGUCACAACAGCAGUUAAUGCAAUUAUUUGGUGGUGUAGGCCAAAUUGGUUUAGGUAGUUUAUUGGGUACAAUGAAUAGACCUCAAGGUGUGCAAAGUACUAGAACAUCUACAACAACUGCAUCGACUCGAGUUACUACAAGUACUGUAAGACCUGCUACGCAAAUAAUAUCUUCAGCAUCGUCUGCUAAUGAUCCCCCUAAACCUAAUAGUGAUAAUAAAUCAUCAUCACGAACAUCAGGUACAUCAACACCUGCUUCAACAACAACAACAACAACAACAACAACAACAAAUACAAAUAACAAAAUUCAACUUAGUGAUCUACAAAACUUUUUAUCAGAGAUUCCAACACCUACAGGAACAGAAUCUGUUGUUCAGAGGGGAGUAGCAACUGAGCUGACCAAUGUCAUCCCUGCGGCAAUUUCUGCAACGGAAAGCUUGGAGCGUGCAAUGAGCCCGCACUUACCACCAGGGGAUCACCUGUGUACCACGCUAGUGUCUCCCCAGUUCUCCCAGGCGCUAUCAAUGUUCUGGUCUGCUUUGCAGUCAGGCCAGGCGGGACCUGUCAUCCGUCAAUUUGGCUUGGGUCCAGAUGCUGUCAAUGCUGCAGCCAGUGGAAACAUUGAAGAAUUCGUCACUGCUCUCGAGUCUGAAGCUAAGAGUGGCCAAGAACAAACGCAGCAAGGACAGGAGGACAAAAAUACUAAACAAGCUCCACCAGCAUCUAAUCCUGAUAAGAAAGGUGAUGAUGAUGAAGGAUUGGAUUUAGAUUAAAAAUAGAAUUUAACAAUAUUUUCAUUUAGAAGAUAUACAAUGUGUAUUACAUUAUAAUCGUUUAUGUGUAAUAAAUAAUUCCUUAAUGAAUGA